UUAACUCAAAACAAAUUUAAAAAAAAACAAGUAUAGUUUUGGGCCAUGGAGAUUGGAAAGGCACUCUUGACCUUUUGUCUUCUUGGCAUUUUUGCCUUGGUUGUUCGUUUGUACAAUGUUUUGGUUCUGAAACCAAAGAGACUAAGAUCCAUUUUGAGAGACCAAGGCAUCGAUGGACCACCGUCCAAUUUUCUGCUCGGAAACAUCAGAGAGAUCAGGAAGGCUCAGGCCAACUCGCCCACUCAACUCACCCAGACUCACAAACUCGCCUCUUUCCUCUUUCCAUUUUUUGAUGAGUGGAGAACCAAAUUUGGUGAUGUGUUCGUGUUUGCACUUGGUAACAUACAAAUAUUGUACGUGAAUGAGAGUGAGGCCGUGAGAGAAUUAACAACAUGUACAUCUCUGGACUUGGGAAAGCCUAGUUAUCAACACAGGGAACGAGGGCCUUUACUUGGACAGGGGAUUUUGACCUCAAACGGCCCCGUUUGGGCUCAUCAGAGGAAAAUCAUUGCUCCGGAACUGUAUAUGGACAAAGUUAAGGGAAUGGUGAAUAUGAUUACAGAGUCAACUAUCACAUUGAUGGAAUCAUGGAAGAGUAGGAUUGUUGAGAAAGAGAGUAGUGGUGGAGGAGGAGUUGUGAACAUAAAAAUUGAUGAGGACAUGAGGAUUUUUUCUGGGGAUGUUAUUUCUAGAGCUUGCUUUGGGAGCAAUUUCUCUGAAGGGCAAGAGAUAUUCUACAAGUUAAGAAAGCUCCAAGAAGCUAUGGCCAGAAAGUGUUUGGCUACAGGGAUACCCGGUGCCAGGUAUUUUCCUACUAAGAACAACAGAGAGGCUUGGGCACUUGAGAAAGAGUUAAAGGAUUUGAUACUAAAAGUUGUGAAGCAGAGAGUGGAAGCAUCGUAUGAGAAGGAUGUACUGCAAAUGGUACUUGAGGGAGCUCAAAAGAGUGAUCUGAAUGGGGAAGAGGCAACUGAUCGAUUCGUUGUGGAUAAUUGCAAGAACAUUUACUUGGCUGGCUCUGAGACAACUGCUGUGUCUGCCACGUGGUGUCUCAUGCUGUUGGCCACGAAUCCUCAGUGGCAACAGCGCGUUCGUUCUGAGGUUCUCGACAUCUGCCGUGGCCACAAUCCCGAUUCCGAUAUGCUCCGUAAAAUGAAACAGCUAACAAUGGUGAUUCACGAGACUCUGAGGCUCUACCCGCCAGUAACAGUGGUGUCAAGGGAGGCUUUCAAGGACAUGAAAAUCGGCAAAAUAUUUGUUCCGAAGGGUGUGAAUGUAUGGACUACGGUUUUGACUCACCACACAGACCCUCAAAUAUGGGGACCCGAUUCUUUUGAGUUCAACCCGGAACGAUUCUCCAAUGGGAUCACAGGGGCUUGCAAACUGCCCCACCUUUACAUGCCAUUCGGAGUCGGGCCCCGAAUCUGUCUCGGGCAAAACUUGGCCAUGGUUGAGCUCAAGAUACUCUUGGCUCUCCUAGUAUCCAAGUUCUCAUUCACUCUUUCUCCUAAUUAUGUCCACAAACCGGCCAUAAGGUUGGUCAUUGAGCCUGAACAUGGUGUGGAUCUCUUGGUCAGGGAGUUGUGAUUUGUCAGAAUACAUUUAGUAUAAUUGAGAGAAUCGAUGACAUAAUUAAUAAUAACAAUCUGUUUGGAUAUGGUAAUUGUUGCAUGUGGUCGGGUUGACUAUUGGGUGCUAGUUUUUUUAUAUCUGUAAUGUACAAAAGUUCAAUUAAUCUAUUUUAUAACAAUAGUAUCAAUUUUACAAUUUUGAAAAAAGGUUUA